AUUAUAGUACAUAUUAGAAAUAUUAUAUUCAAUUGUUCUUAAUCGAUGACAAAUUAGCUUACAUACAUUUCUGGAAGUUAAAUCAUGUCGGGAAGGACCCCUCUGUCGGAUCGCAAAGCCUUGAAAUAUGGCAUUAAUAAGGAAAAUGUGCCGCAUUCAACGGUACAAAAUGGCAAAUCUACCGAAGGCAGGAAUGACGGUGGCGGCGCAAAGAAAAAAGGCCUAUCGCUCAGAAGAUCGCAGAGAAUCGCAGAAAAACGUGCCGUUCGUACAAUGUUAGUGCAAGGCUGUUCUUCCGUCUCCGGCGAGGCAAAAUUUCGGAUUUGCUCCGACGACAAUGAAGAAAACGUACGAUCACGCCCGCGCGUGAAAAAAAACGUACGCAUAAAAAAAGAGAUUAGAGCGAGGCAAGAUAAAACGCUCGAGAAAGCAAUCGAAUCGACAACGAAAGCAGAUACUUCUUCACGUCCACGCGUCGUGUUACGCAGAGCACGUUCUUCAAGCAACUCUCGCCAAAUAGUUCCUUUGAAUGAGACCGAGAUGAAUAACCAAUUAUUUCAUAGGAGAGCUUAUUCUGAAACCAGAAAGUCGCGAUACCCGCCCUGCGUCGCACAAUCAUCCGAUGAUCAAAAAAUGAAGCAUCUUACAGACGAUGUUAAAAAACGAACGUUUUCAAGCAUUCAAAUGUGGAAGGAUAAAAUGAAGCCACCAAGUUAGUACUUUAAGAUAGUAUA